UAAAUUCUCCGCCGGCUCCGCGGCCACCGAGCGCCAGAGCCAACCGGGAGCGCCGUGCAUCCGCCGCCCGCCCGCCUGCCGCCCAUGGGCCGCACGCCCCGGCGCUGAGCCUCACCAUGCAGCCCACGGCCACCAUGGCCACCGAGGCCGCCACCACCACCACCACCACCACGGCUGCCCUGAUGACUUCGUGGGACAAUGCCACCAGCCGCCCCACGGCGGAGCCCGACCCCAUCCUGGACAACUACGUGCUGCUGGUGGUGGUGAUGUCGCUGUUCAUCGGGGGCACGCUGGUGGUGCUGUCCGGCGUUCUCCUGCUCUGCAAACGCUGCUGGGAAGUGCACCAGCGCUUCAACAGGGCCAUGGAAGAAGCAGAGAAGACCACCACCACCUACCUGGACAACGGCACCCACCCGAUACAAGACCCCGACUGCAGGGCGGAAGACCCCGAGAGCCAGGACACGGAGACAGAGCGCUUCCUCGCCACCAGCUCCACCGGCCGCCGCGUGUCCUUCAACGAGGCCGCCCUGUUUGAACAGAGCCGCAAGGCUCAGGACAAGGGCCGCCGGUACACCCUGACAGAGGGGGACUUCCACCACCUCAAGAAUGCUCGUCUCACGCACCUCCACCUGCCGCCUCUCAAGAUCGCUACCAUCCAUGAGUGUGAACCGGGUGAGGCCAGCUCAGUGGCCACACCCCACCCAGCCGCCACCCCCAAAGACAGCUUGGCUAUUUUCCAGCCCCCUGGGAAGGCCCUCACUGGCCGCUCAGUGGGUCCCAGCUCCGCCCUGCCAGGUGAUCCCUACAACUCUGUGGACUUCUCGGAGAUCAGCCCCCCCGCCUCCAGUGACUCUGGGGAGGGCAUCUCGUUAGAUGCAGGGCCCCGGGGUGCCAAGGCUGCUGGGCCUGGGCCUGAGGCAGCCCCCGGGGAGAUGGGCACAGGCUCCUCGGGACCGGGCACUGUACUGCAGUUCUUCACACGGCUACGCCGCCAUGCCAGCCUGGAUGGGGCCAGCCCCUACUUCAAGGUCAAGAAAUGGAAGCUGGAGCCCAGCCAGAGAGCGUCCAGUCUGGACACCAGAGGUUCCCCAAAGCGGCACCAUUUCCAGCGACAGCGGGCGGCCAGCGAGAGCAUGGAGCAGGAGGGGGACGCCCCUCAUGCCGACUUCAUUCAGUACAUUGCCAGCGCAGGCGACUCGGUGGCCUUCCCACCCCCCCGCCCCUUUCUGGCCAGCCCCACCAGCCCGCCCCCUACUCUCGGCAGGCUAGAGGCGGCCGAGGCGGCGGGAGGAGCGAGCCCCGAGACUCCUCCGGAGCACGGCAUCAGCUUGGGGCCCGAGCAUGCGCAGCAGCAGGACCCGCAGCAAGAGCAGGACGCCGAGCAUGCACAGUGCAGCUACCGUGACCUGUGGAGCCUCCGCGCUUCACUCGAGCUCCACGCGGCCACUGCAUCGGACCACAGCAGCAGCGGCAAUGACCGCGACUCAGUGCGCAGCGGGGACAGUUCGGGCUCGGGAUCGGGGGGUGGCGGCGCGGCACCCGCCUUCCCACCCCCGCCCGAGUCCCCGCCCGCCCUGAGGCCUAAGGACGGCGAGGCCCGCCGCCUGCUGCAGAUGGACAGUGGGUACGCGAGCAUCGAGGGGCGCGGCGCGGGCGACGAGGCCCCCGAACUCCCGGCUCCAGCCCGCAGCCCUCCCCGCAGCCCACGGGCCUGGCCGCGCAGGCCGCGCCGCGACUACAGCAUCGACGAGAAGACGGACGCGCUCUUCCACGAGUUCCUGCGCCACGACCCGCACUUCGACGACGCGCCGCGCCACCGCGCACGUGCGCACCCCCACGCCCACGCGCGGAAACAGUGGCAGCAGCGAGGCCGCCAGCACAGCGACCCUGGCGGCGCACGCGCGGCCACGCCCCCCGGGGCCGCCCGCCCCGCGCGUGCGCCCUUGCGCCGCGGCGACAGCGUCGACUGCCCUCCCGACGGCCGCGCGCUGCCGAGCGCGGGCGACGAGCCGUCCAUCCCGGUCAUCGAGGAGGAGCCCGGCGGCGGCAGCGGCGGCUGCCUGGGCCCCGGGCUGUGUGUGGAGCCCGCCGGGGCGCUGCUGGACAAGCUGGCAGCCAGCCUCGACGACAGACUCUUCGCUCCGCACCUCGCCGAGCCGGUUGCCUCCUCCCCGGUGCUGAUCGUCGCUGCUGCUGCCCCCACGUCCCCUGACCACAGCCCGGCCUAAGCUCCGUACUCGAUCCGCCUCUCGGCGGCUUCUCCGGGCACGCGGGGCCGCUGCGGGGAGGGCGCCAGCGGGGGAACCCGGGGCUGCCGUGCAUGCGCACGCGGCCCGACUCCAACUGCGCACUGCGGUGCCCCAUCGGGCACUUAGUGGGCGCAGCGGCCUCCGCAGGGGCGAGGCCCCAGGACCCUGGCGCGGCUGCACGGAGGACCAAGAGCUCGGACUCUGCGGUCCCUGUUCGGCCGACCACAGCAACCCGGAGGCCGGGUUGCUCCGAAGCGCAUGCUCCCUCCGUUGGUCAGCACGUGCUGGCGGUGCCAUUGCCGGCCUUACGCAUGCUGAACCUACUGGAGGCGAAGGGAGCACGGGGCACUAAGGAUCAGAGGAGCUGGCCGCCCCACCCCGAAUCCGUUUACCUCACUACGGCGUGUGCUCUCGCGGCACCCAUCCCCUCUCCGAGCAAUAACCGCUGCUCCCGCUCAGCAUGCGCACGGCCCCGCCUGUCCCACCCAAGAGCCGCGGGCUUUGGACACACGGACAGAACAGCCCAGGCGGCAGCUUCAAGUUUCCCAAGCUUUAUUUAUUGCCAAAAUAUAGGGCGGCCUCGCCGCGAGUGCCCGCCCACUCCCUGCCCUGCGCCCGCCCUCCACGGGUCGUCGUGUUGUCUGGUUGAUCAUAAAUGUCUCUGCAUA